AUGGAUCAAAGCAAUAAUGUCACUGUAUUUAUUCUCUUGGGACUUUCCAAAAACAAGAACAUUGAAACCCUUUGUUUUGUAUUAUUUUUAUUUUGCUACAUUGCUAUUUGGAUAGGAAACUCACUUGUAAUAAUUUCCAUAAUGGGCAGUCAGCUAAUUGAGCAACCCAUGUAUUUUUUCCUUAAUUACCUCUCACUCUCCGACCUUUGCUACACAUCCACCGUGACACCCAAACUAAUGACUGACUUGUUGGCAGAGAGGAAGACCAUUUCCUACAGUAGCUGCAUGACACAACUCUUUAGCACACAUUUAUUUGGAGGCAUCGAGAUCUUCAUCCUCACGGGGAUGGCCUAUGACCGCUACGUGGCCAUCUGCAGGCCCCUGCACUACACGGUCAUCAUGAGCAGACAGAGGUGUAACACAAUCAUCACAGCCUGCUGUACCGGGGGGUUUGUACAUUCUGCCAGCCAGUUCCUUCUCACCAUCUUCUUACCCUUCUGUGGCCCCAAUGAGAUAGAUCACUACUUCUGCGAAGUGUACCCUUUACUGAAACUAGCCUGUUCUAAUACACACCUCAUAGGUCUCCUAGUCAUUGCCAAUUCAGGCCUAAUUGCUUUGGUGACCUUCGUCGUGCUGAUGUUGUCUUACUUUUUUAUACUGUGCAGUGUCAGGGCUUACUCCGCGGAGAGUCGGAGCAAGGCUCUUUCCACCUGCAGUGCUCACAUCACAGUUGUGGCUUUGUUUUUUGCACCUGCACUGUUCAUCUAUAUUAGACCAGCCACAACGUUUCCAGAAGACAAAGUGUUUGCUCUUUUCUAUACCAUCAUUGCCCCCAUGUUCAACCCUCUGAUCUACACGUUGAGAAACACAGAGAUGAAGAAAGCCAUGAAGAAAGUGUGGUGUCGUCAUAUACUCUUGGAAGGAAAGUAG